CCCCCAUCAACGGUGACAGCGCUGGACCUCGUCCUCGGGUGGACUCCAACGGCCACGUGCAUUUCGAUCAUACGGCUGUGCAGCGGGACCCGAGUCAGAGACGGUCGCCUUCUAUCCCUAGGUACUUUCAAUGACUCUGCCUUCUGGGGGGUGGGUAAGUUUGAGACCUUUCAGGCAUAACAAUGAGAGUGUUGAUGAGUGUGCAGAUAUCGAUCAAACAGAAUUCAAGUUCACGCACACUUUACCCUGUCAAUAUCUGUGUGUUCGUGACUGAUGAAGCCAUCUUCUUUCAUUUCUUCUGGAAGAGAAAGCACGAUAUGCGUGAUGCAUCUGGUGCUAGACUAUGUGGAGGUGUUCUCUGGAGUUGGAGUUCGGGUUGACUUUUGUUCUGGCUAUGUGUACAGAGUACUCUUUGAUUUGUUGGGGAUUCUUCAUGCUGAUGCUGCGGUGGUGAUGUUUGUGUUUGUUGCAGUGUACAGCGUGCGUUUUCUUUCUGGUAUCUGUUUGAGAUUGUUAUGAGCGACGAUGAUGAUCAUGAAAUGUCCAUGGGCUGGAUGGGUGCGAUGGAAGGGCGUCUAGGCUUUUGGUCCGACGUUGGCCAAUUUACUUACACCUUGAUGGAGUUCGAGUUGAGUUUGGUGUUUUCUCGGGUGUUGUGUUGUGUAUGGCA